AUGGCGGGCUACAACCUCGAAGCUAUUGAAGCCGCACCGUUAAAGGAAGAUCUUGAUAUUGUGAUCCCAACGAUCAGGAGCCUUGACUUUCUAGAACAAUGGAAGCCAUUUCUCAAGCAUUACCAUUUGAUCAUUGUCCAAGAUGGAGACCCUUCGAUCAAUAUCCAAGUUCCCGAGGGUUAUGACUACGAGCUCUAUAACCGUAACGAUAUUAACAGGAUCCUUGGUCCUAGAGCUGGUUGUAUUUCCUACAAGGAUGGUGGAUGUCGUUGCUUCGGCUUCAUGGUUUCCAAGAAGAAGUAUAUCUACACCAUUGAUGAUGAUUGCUUUGUGGCAAAAGAUCCAAGUGGGAAAGAGAUCAAUGUGAUAGCUCAACACAUAAAGAACCUUGAGACACCUUCAACACCACACUACUUCAACACUCUCUAUGACCCUUUUAGAGAUGGAACUGACUUUGUGAGAGGAUACCCUUUCAGUUUGAGGGAAGGUGUCACAACCGCCAUAUCUCAUGGCCUUUGGCUCAACAUCCCUGAUUACGAUGCGCCGACCCAGCUCGUGAAGCCUCGUGAACGUAACAUCAGGUAUGUUGAUGCAGUGAUGACAAUCCCCAAAGGUGUAUUGUACCCAAUGUGUGGCAUGAAUCUUGCUUUUAAUAGAGAACUUAUUGGACCUGCUAUGUACUUCGGCCUUAUGGGUGAAGGCCAGCCCAUUUCCCGGUAUGAUGACAUGUGGGCUGGUUGGGCAGCUAAAGUGGUGUGCGACCACUUGGGCUUUGGGGUCAAAACAGGUCUGCCGUAUUUGUGGCAUAGCAAAGCGAGUAACCCGUUUGUGAACCUCAAGAAAGAACACAAGGGACUUCACUGGCAAGAAGAUAUGGUGCCUUUCUUCCAAAAUCUUCGUCUCUCGAAAGAAUCUGACACUGCCGCUAAAUGCUAUAUGGAGUUGUCCAAGAUGACAAAGGAGAAGCUUACUGAAGUUGAUCCGUACUUUGAGAAAUUGGCUGAUGCAAUGGUCGCUUGGAUUGAGGCGUGGGAAGAGCUUAACCCAUCAGUUGUUGAUGGAAAAGAUGUCAAGGCCAAGUGA